AUGAUAGCCAAGUGUAAUCGUCCAUUCAACGACUCUGAGUUUAUAAAAAAAUGUAUGUUAGCCGUUGUAAAUGAAAUAUGCCCUGAGAAAAAAAAACAAUUUGAAGACAUCAGUCUCUCAGCUAGGACCUGUGUUAGACGUACCGAAGAGUUAGGAACAAAUUUAAUAUUCAAACUGAAAGAAAAAGUUUCUAAAUUUGAUUGUUUUUCUAUCGCAACUGACGAAAAAUUAGCUGAAUUAUGUAGUUUGAAGGGAACUACAACGGGAGAAGACUUAUUUAUCGAAAUUGACAAAACAUUUAAAAAACUUGGAUUAAGUUGGAACAAACUAGUUAGUGUUACUACAGACGGUGGUAGAAAUAUGAGUGGAAUUAAUAAAGGAUUAAUUGGGAGAAUAAAUGCGAAAAUGGUGGAAGAAAGACAUGAAGCACCUAUGAUAUUUCAUUGCAUCAUACAUCAAGAGGCAUUAUGUUGCAAAGUUUUAGCAUGGAAAGAUGUAAUGAAUAUUGUAGUAUCGACGGUUAACUACAUACGCAAAAAUGCUUUGGCACAUCGUCAAUUCAAAAUAUUUUUGGAAGAAUGCGAUGCUGAAUAUGGGGAUGUAAUAUAUUUUUCCGAAAAAAAGGAAAAGUGGGUUCUUAAUCUGGCAUUUUUAACUGAUAUAACAACUUUAUUAAAUGAGCUGAAUACAAAACUGCAAGUGAAAUUAAAAUUAUUACACAAACAUAUUAAUGAACAGCACUUGGAUCAUUUCGUAUGCUGUAAAACUGAAUUAGAAUCAACCAAAUCAACUUUAAAUUGGGAAACUACAAAAAUUAAUUUUUUAAAUAUAAUAGAAAACCUACAAAAUGAAUUUUCAAUACGAUUUUCUGAUUUUUACGUACAAGAGAAUAAAAUCAAAUUGUUUCAAAACCUUUUUUCUGUCGACAUUGACGAUGUUGAAUCUAAUUUACAGAUGGAAGUCAUAGAAUUGCAAAACAACGAUAUUCUUAAAAAUGCUUUUAAAGAAAGUAAUGACCUAAAAAUAUUUUAUUCAAGUCUUUCUGAAAUAGAUUUUAAAGGCAUUAAAAGUUUUGCUAAAAAAAUGAUUACUGCUUUUGGUAGCACAUAUAUUUGUGAGCAGACAUUCUCAAUACUUAAAUUCCGAAAAAAUAAAUAUUGUUCACGCCGUUCACGGUUAAGCGAUGAACACUUGAACGCUGUUUUAAGGAUAUCAACAUCCAAUUUAAAAGCGGAUAUAAAUGAAUUGGCGGGAAAAAUUCUUUCUUUUUUAAACUUUUAA